AUGGGUGGAGGUAGAUUGUGCAGAGCUUGUGAGGCCGCAAGGGCGGUGGAGUUUGCCCGAGAGUUAGGAUUGGGAAUGAUAGAGUUGGAAGGUGACUCACUGAAUAUUGUGAAGGUUUUCCAAGAAAAUGGACAAUUGUUAUCUCUUUUUGGACAUAUUAUUCAAGGUGUGAUUGGAUUGAGUAGAUGUAUAGCAGACGUGGGGCAUAAAGGCGGUUGUAAAUCCAUGAUGAGCAAAGAACAUGGCAACGUGGGUGAUUGUGGAAGAUGUUGCUUACAAAGUGAAGUAGUGGAAUAUAACCUGAUGUGGAAGUGGGCUGCUUCCAGCAGUUACAAGAGAAGGACGUCAACUAGGUUGGGUGUGAGUUACCCAGAAAUGGCAAGGCCGGCUGAUGCAACACCUGUAAUUCUUCCAACCCACAUCUCCAAAACUUUUCUCUUCGAUCCAAACCUUCUUGAAUCCAAACUGACUGGCAAGUCAAGACUGUUGAUUCUUUGUUCUCCAUCUAACCCAACCGGAUUUGUUUGCCCGAGGAAACUGCUUGAAGAAAUUGCUCAAAUUGUGGCGAGGCAUCCUCGGCUUCUGGUGCUGUCUGAUGAAGUAUAUGAACACAUUAUUUAUGCACCAGCGACUCAUACAAGCUUUGCAUCUUUGCCAGGCAUGUGGGAGAGGACUUUGACUGUCAAUGGGUUUUCUAAGACCUUUGCAAUGACUGGUUGGAGACUUGGAUACCUAGCUGGUCCGAAACACUAUGUUGCGGCAUGUGGAAAGAUUCAAAGCCAG